UGGAGCCCCCUUAAUUUUGUUCUCGGGUGUUCAUUCCUGAUUUUCAUCCUAGCCAUGAGAUUUGUGGGCAGAAAAAACAGGAAACUCUUUUGGGUACCAGCUCUUGCUCCUCUCAUAUCUGUCGUAUUGUCCACGCUUAUAGUCUUCGUCACGAGAGCGGAUAAACAUGGAGUUAAGAUUAUAAAACACCUCGAAGGAGGAAUUAAUCCAAGMUCGGUGAAGGAGAUAGAGCUCAACGGCCCACACGUUGGAGAAGCGGCCAAAAUUGGGUUAAUUUCUGCCAUCAUUGCUCUCACGGAAGCCAUUGCGGUUGGGAGAUCGUUUGCAUCAGUAAGAGGAUACCAACUUGAUGGAAAUAAAGAGAUGGUAGCCAUGGGAGUCAUGAACAUUGCAGGCUCUCUAACUUCUUGUUAUGUAGCCACUGGUUCGUUCUCACGCACGGCCGUCAAUUUCAGCGCGGGCUGCCAAACAGUGGUCUCAAACAUAGUAAUGGCCAUUGCGGUGUUGGUCGCACUGCAGAUACUGACUACUCUCCUAUAUUUCACGCCUAUCGCCAUCCUUGCUUCAAUUAUUCUUUCCGCCCUUCCUGGCCUCAUUGACUUCAACGAAGCCUAUAACAUCUGGAAGGUCGAUAAACUGGAUUUCCUCUCUUGCAUUGGAGCGUUCUUCGGGGUCUUGUUUGGAUCCGUCGAGAUCGGCCUUCUCGUUGCGGUAUACUUU